CAACUGUCAGUUAGCUGUGGGUUUGUCCUGAAGUUGAGUACGGAGGAAAUUCCCUGAAAUAAAAACAAAACUAUUAAUUUUUAUUAACUUUUUUGGUUAUUAGAAAAAAUGUCAUUAUCUAUGGAUGAACAGGCAGUAUUUGCAAAAUUAGAAGCUCUCAAAGAGAUAAGAUCAAAAACCAUUCAACUUGAGAAACUCAAAGCAAGAUUAAUUUUCGAAAUAGAAGCUCAAGAUCAAGAAGAAAAAUGUUUGUCAGAAUACAAACAAGAGAUGGAUCUGUUAUUACAAGAGAAAAUGUCCCAUGUUGAAGAGCUUCGCCAGAUUCACGCAGAUAUAAAUGCGAUGGAAGGAGUUAUCAAGCAGGCAGAUGAAAGCAGAACUAGAUCUAUGGGAUCUGCAAUUAGGCUUCAUGAGGAAUAUCUACCUCUUAAGAAUGAAAUUGAUCGCUUGAGAAGAGAGUGUUUAGGUCUUGAUCGUCUACCUGAGUUACACGAAGAAGAAGGUUCUAGUGUUACCCCAGAGUAUGUUAUUAGCUUUGGGAAAUUCUCACAACUUUAUAAUUCAACCAAGUCUCAAACUUCAUCAUUUAACAAAUCAGCAGACUGGAAUAGGCCAAUUGCUCCAAAUGACAACACAAUAAGCUCCCUGGCUCCGCCGCUGCCUCCAACAUUUCUACCACCACCAAAUCCAUUGAGGCUAGUGACAAACAAACAAGAUUCGAGUCGGCCAGGUUCAUUGUCAUCCUCUCCCCACGGUGGACCACCAACACCUACUUUCAGACAACAGCCACCUCCUAUGAAGUCUUGCUUGAGUUGUCAUCAACAGAUUCAUCGCAAUGCUCCUAUCUGCCCUCUGUGUAAAGCGAAAUCUAGAUCUCGUAACCCCAAGAAGCCGAAGAAGAAGGAUCAUUGAAUUAUUUUGGAGUGUUGAGAAAAAGUCAUCUCUAUUUGUCAUGUAAUGUGGAUUUUUUAAGUAAUUGGAAUAAUUACGUUCAAGUGUGUAAACCUAACUUGAUAAGUAGAAUUUUGAACGUCUCGCGUAAAACGAAUAUAUUGAAAACACUUUUCACACACCAGAACAAAAAUGCUCUCUUGACGCGCGUUUCGCUAACCAAGUAAAAAUCAUCAGAUGAUGUUGAGAGGCAGCAAAAGUGUUUUCAAUAGUGUAAACCUAGUCUGACUUUUGUUGAAUCAAAUCAAGAGAGAGUUGACAGGUUAAUUAAUAUCCAUGAAUGAUACAAUUUAGUUUAUCAACUCCCAUUUUUCGUGAAUAAUAAGAAACACCAAUAAUAACUUGACUUUUAAAGGUUUCAUUUGAAUUGGCAUUCUCAGGAACUACUGUGAAGAAAUAUGAGACGAUAUGGUUCUUGGAUGUUUUCACCUAUAUGUGCUAACAUAAUUCUGAAAUUAUUUAAUAUUGGAUUUAUAUUGGAAUAGUGGAUUAAGUGUUCAACUAAACCUUUGGUAAUAACAAAUCUAUUGUGUUAUUUAUCUUUACACUACUUACCAUUUUCCUGUUUCUUUUAACAAUUUUUGUUAUUCCCUUAAGUUCCUGUUCGUCAUAUACCAACCAAAUAUGAAAAUUUUCUAAUUAUGAGUUCCUUAUUGGAAAAAAAAUCCAUGGAGAUAUCUAACUUUGCACUGGCUCGAAAAAAGGGCAAAGUUUUCAAGGAUUCCAUUAAGUCAAUCUGGUCAAUGUCAAAAUUCCUAUAUAAACGUAACCGAAUUUACUAACUUCAAAAUAAAGAUCUAAAUAACCAAA